UAUCAAUUUUUAGGUCAAUGCGUACGGGGGGGGUUGAGUUGCUUCCAAGUUAAAAAACUUAAAAGGCCAAGCGGCUCCUUUUCGGCGUCUUUUAGCCUUCCUAUACAUCGUAGCAACUCACUUGGACACUCCUCGAGACGAGCAAAAACUACUACUGAGUUACUACACCCGCUACAACCACACCCACCGUCUUCAAUCUUCGUAGUUACGGUCAGCCGUGGUGAGUCUAUGGCUACUCAAUCUGCGCCUCCUCCUUCCAAUCCUUCCGAUGGGAAACACCAAACUCCAGCUUCGGAGCUGGCACAACCAACAAAUGAGAUUCAGCAACAGGCCAGGGAAGAGGCUCCUAAACAAAGUUCGCCAUCUGUCUUUGUGAACUCGGAACCAAUGCGAGAGGAGCAAGUACAGAAUGCUGUAAAGUUUCUCUCACACCCAAAAGUUAGGGGUUCUCCUGUCAUGUAUAGACGAUCCUUCCUUGAGAGGAAGGGCCUCACGAAGGAGGAGAUUGAUGAAGCUUUUCGUCAUGUUCCAGAUCCACCUCCAAGCACACAAUCAACUGGUACAAAUCAAGAAGCGCAAGUGACAUCAACAUCAAAUGUUCAGCCACCAGCUCAAACGCAAGCUCUUCAACCUGCAGCAUCUGUUCCUACUGGUGCCAUUUCCUCUGUGGGAACUUUAACGCAAUCCCGAUUUCGCUGGUAUCAUGUUGUUUUUGCUGUAGGAUUACUGGCAGCUUCAGGUGCUGGAACAGCUGUAUUAAUUAAGAAUGCUAUUAUCCCUAGACUGAAGUCUUGGAUACGUAAAGUUGUAUUGGAAGAAGAUGAUGACCGUGUGAAGAAAGCUAAUGCAAAACCAAGUUUGGCAGAAGAGGCAGCAGCGGCUGCAAAAGCAGCUGCGGCAGCAGCUGCUGAUGUUGCAAAAGCAAGCCAAGAAAUGUUGAACUCAAAAAGUGAAGAGAGAAAAUACUUCAACGAAUUUAUGAAUUUGUUGGAUAUGCAAGUUCAGGAAAUGAGAUCAAUGAGCACCGCAAUACGUAAAUUGGAAGGACAAACUAAUAACCUUGGGGGAACCUCUCAUGUUGAUCAAGAAGAUUAUACUCUAUCAGUGGCAAAUUAUCCUAAGCAAACCUAUGUGAAUGGCAACGCUAAGUCUGAUUCGCGCACAGUGAGAUCUUCAUCGCCACCUACUUCUGCUGAACCCUCUGUUGCACCACACCCAAAGUCAUAUAUGGAGAUCAUGGCAAUGGUUCAAAGAGGAGAGAGACCUGCUAACAUCAGAGAUAUCAAUGAUCAACCACCCAACCCUAACCAGAAAAUUUCAAAUACUCGCUUAGCACCAAGGAAUAAGCCUUGGGAGGCUGGUCAUUCCCUAAACAAUUCAAGCCAAGUACUCCAGCCUCAAGUAAAUGGAGAACCUUUAAAUUCCAAGGUACAAGACAAUGGGGUGACCUAUCAUUUUGAUGGCGAGAGUGCCACGCCUUGGUGGCAGCGGAAAAAUGCCAGGAUCACAGAGAUUGAAAAUGAAGAUGAACUCAAGGCUGGACCUUAUGGUGCACGAACUAAUGAACAACCAAUUCAGCGUACUUGGGUUCCUCCCCAACCUCCCCCUGUUGCAAUGCCUGAAGCAGCAGAAGCCAUUCGACGGCCAAAAUCAUCAGUUCAGAAAGAACUGUUGGCAGAGGAUCAGUCUGUGUCUCUUUCAACAGUUGUAACAGAUGAGUUGCAAAGGACAACAAAAAUAUCUGAAUCAGGGAGUUCAGUGGAGCUCAAUGGUGUUGGAUCAGAGCUGAACUCAAGUGAGAUGGAGUGAGAACACAGCUAUGAAGGUGGAAUUCAGUUUGGAUGAUCAGCUUGGCCUAAGUUACAGGUAGGUACUUAAAAGUGAAAACAACUGCCUAAGAACAUUAUAUAUCAGCCUGAAACAGUCAGUUUGGUGUCACAACUUGUGUGUUCCCAAUCUGAUUGCUAAACGCUGUGUGGUGUUUAUUUCACGAGGAAUAAAGUUGUGAAUUCGGAAAGCUCAUUGCAAAUUCUGUAUAUAAAAUUAGCAUUUUGUGGCC